AUGCCGUUCGGCAACGCGUCGACGCGUCGUGACUCGUCCAUGCGCAUCGCGGGCAAAUCGCGGGUUGGUCUUUUUAACUUCGAACUCGCCAGCCGUUUGGGGGCCUCCUUUCGCGAAAGAAUGGGAGAAACAGACUCAAGGGAUAACCCCACAACAACAAACCAUGCGCUGAUUGCGUCGGUGAGUUUAGGAAUUGGACUCGCCAUCCCGUUCCUCAUUGUCCGGCGUCGAAGACAAGUCGUUGCAAGGUCUGGGGUGGACAUGACAUACCCCGGCCCACCUCGACGAGCUCCGGCAAACCAGGCUCUCUUGACACGCAGAGCCAAUGUUUCUGGGUCGCCAAUUCGAGAUGUAAAGGUGCAAAAAGGAACGCCGGAAGAAAUGACAGAGCAGGAGGACUCGGUCAAGGCGUUUGGGUUCCGGGAGUCUCUCUCGCAUUUGAACGCCCAGAACGGGGCUUUGGGUGCUAAGGCGCUUGGGAUUGCUACAGUAGGCGUUGCUGCCGGUGGUUUCGGCAUUUGGUGGGGGUUCACGAACCUUCUCACGGUUGAAGAGCGAGAUCGACUCCUUGUGAGGUUCAAAAGUAGCACAAACUCCCCCGGAAAUACGUAG